AUGUCCGAGGGGGGCAUCAAGCGCACAGCCUCCCCCACUCGGCCAAUCUCCCCACCUCCGCUUCGGCGAAAGGUCGAGUCAUCAAUAAACAAGAAAGCUGCCGCCAAUUUCUUCACUCCUGCCUCGCAAAAGAAGCCGGAACCGAUCAAAUGGAGAAUCCUCGGAACCAGCUUGAUUAUUGGGAAAUACACGCCGGAAAAUUACACUCAGGAUCUGUCAGAGAAGGAUCGCAAAAUUGCUGCAUUUGAUCUGGACUCUACAUUAAUCAAGACGAAAUCCGGAAACACAUUCCCCCGAUCGGCGACAGAUUGGCAAUGGUGGAACACAGUAGCCUCUCUAACAGCUCGCAGCUUCCAAGUGGUUGUCUUCUCCAACCAGAAGAAAAUCGCUAUUCAAAAGGAUAUCAAAGCUGGCAGUGGCGAAUCGAAGAGUCUCGCCACGUUUAAGGAGAAGUUAACUGCUAUGAUGAAUGAGCUGCAAGUCCCCAUCAGUGUGUACGCCGCUACAACGGAUGCUGAAUACCGUAAGCCUCGUCUGGGCAUGUGGAAAGAGUUCCAAGAUGACUACGAUCUCGAUGUGACGGGGAUUGAUAUGAAGAAAUCCUUCUUCGUGGGUGAUGCCGGUGGGCGGCCGGGCGACCAUUCUGCUGCCGAUCUAGGAUUUGCCUCCAAUGCUGGGUUGAAGUACAAUACGCCGGAAGAAUUCUUCCUCGGGCAGGCCCCAGGCCAGACAAACGACACCUUCAACCCCAAAUCCUAUAUGGAGAUGGAUUUGAAUGGACCCGUUGUCAAAUUUACCCGAAAGCAUCCUCUUGAGCUGGUAAUCUUCUGUGGUAGCCCAGGUGCCGGAAAGUCAUCAUACUACUGGAACAAUUUGGAGCCACUAGGGUAUGAACGGGUAAACCAAGAUAUCCUCAAGACCAAUCCCGAGUCCCGAACAUCCCUCCCAGGCAUCGCAUUCGGUGACUUCGGCCGUCGCUUCCAGGAACCCACCCUAGGCGAGGGCUUUGAGGAUAUCAUUCCCGUCAAAUUCCAGUUCGUAGGCAACGAAGAGGCCAGGAAGCUCUGGGGACAGUUCUGGAUUUGA